AUGUAUAAAGCAGCAAAGAAGAAGGACCACCCUCUUGUGGUUAUGAUGAUGGAUUAUAGGGUUCAGUUGAUGAGAUUGAAUUUUUCCGACGAAGUUGGUGUUAUCGUAAAUCCUGAAGCUAAAUUUAUUGGCCUAGAUCAAAUCGAUGUGCGUGAAAUAUCUCAUUGCGACGGUUUAUUGUUAUGCAUUCCCAAAGAAGACCGCUCUAGGCUAUUGGUUUGGAAUCCCUAUUGGGGGCGGGGGCAACUCAGGUGGAUCGAGCACACACAUAAUCACCACUUACUGGACAAGCAUCUCUUUGGUCGUUUGGACAGGUACACGUAUGGUCUCGGAUACAACAACAGUAGUUCCCAGUACAAAAUCUUGAGAUUUAUUGAUUAUCCCCUAAAAUUCGUUGAGUUCAAAAUCUACGACUUCAACUCUGAUUCAUGGAGGAUUCUUGAUCUCUUUCCUCCAGACAACGACUGGUGUAUACAAUUUGGUGAACGCGGCCUAUCUUUGAAGGGAAACACCUACUGGUUUGCAGCAGAAGCUAACAAUUACGAUGCCAUUAGUUUCUUAGUCUGUUUUGAUUUCACAACAGAGACAUUCUCCCCGCUUUUGCCUCUCCCCUUUGAGGCUUUUCCUGAAGAUACUUUGAGUCUAUCAUCAUCAUCUACUAGUCUUGUGGUUUUAUUCCAGUCCGUGGAUACAUUGGAGAUGGAGAUCUGGAUUUCCAAUACGAUUGAGCAGCCCAAUGCCCUGUCCUGGAACAGCAAGGUUUUCUUAUCGGCGAAUAUCAAACAACUCAUUAGCCCCCAUUGGAAUUUUCCGAUAUCUGCGUGUUUCUUCAUUGACCAGGAGAAAAAAGUAGCGGUGGUUUUUGAUAAAUACGCCCGUUAUGGUACCUCCACUCGUGAAAUAGCUUACGUCUUUUUUGGAGGAGGAGUGGAUGAUGAUGGAUCAUUCUUGAAACAACAAGUUGUUAAAGAAUCUGCAUUCCCACUUUGUUAUUCAUGUGCUUGCUAUUAUGUUCCAAGCUUAGUGCAACUCAACUAGUAGUCCCACCUAUUAUCAUUAUUUAUUUAUCUCUGUUUGUUUCCCAAGAUUGACUAUUACGUUUUUG